AUGAAUCCAGAAAGGAGCACUUCUCAACGUGGCCAAACCUCUGCCAGUUCUCGGCCAACUUCCAUCCAUGACUUUGGGACCAAUCCAGAUAGCGGUGUUCCGAGCACUAUUGUCGAAACAUCUGCAAAACAAAAACGUUUUGACUUGACAUUCAUGCAUCAGAAGGUAUUCUUGGCAUUUCCCGAUGAUUUCGACUUGAAGGAUUUGUCAAUUUAG